UCUGAGAACGAACUGCAUACUGAGGAUAUUAGAUAGUCCUAACUAAGUAUAGGUUAUAAAAUCUAUACAGUUUCAAUAAUCAGAAGCUUACAGGUAUAAUACAGCAUUGAUAUAGAUAUCGUGUAUUUAACAAUUCUCUAAAAUUUAGGUUUGUCAAUCCCGAUUCUGGAGGGUCUUUUAUCUUUUUGGUUCGUUACUUACAUGUCGCAAAAAGUGAUUGGUAACAAAAAUUGACAAAAAAAUUGAAGCUGACCAUUAUAAGAGAUAUAGAUAAUUAGUCAGGAGUCAACUUAGUAAGAAUGUCAUUAAACAAAAAGAUACGGCCAGCUAAAAGGCUUGUAAAUGCUACAGGAAAAUGUGCUGUAGAAGGGUCACUAUAUGGUCAAUGUAUACUACAAAAAUAUGCUACUAUUAGAAAAGAUGACUGUGCCAAAGAAUUUCAGGCUUUUCAACAAUGUGUUAAUGCUAAUAUUGCUAAGUAGAGUGAUGAUUGAAAGUUAUGUGAAAUAUAAAUGCAGACACGAUGCACAUGACUCUAUAUGACGAGAGACCAAUUAAGUUCAUAAAUGUAUAUAUCUUGGCUUAAUAUCCAUUAUAGAAAGUAUGGAAUAGCCAUUGAACUAAUUCUCCUAGUAUUGCAGUACCUGUGAAAAAUUAUUUAACUAAUGAAUUAGCACAGUACUGUUUUAAUACAAUCUAUGUAAUGAUUAUAUAAAUAAGUAUAUAUAACAAUUCACAUAUAUAAGAGCUAGUUUUAGCAAUUCUACGUAGUACAAUAAGUUAUAGUUUAGUAAUAUAAUUCACC